UGUUCCACGCAGCAUGGCUAGCAGUCCUUCUCGCGUGUUUGCAGCGCUGCUUCCAGUUGCAUCGGAAUUCUAUAACGAUGAAAACUUGACAGGCUUCGGUAGAGUCGCUAAAGAGACUACAGCAGUGGCACAAAUUCCCCCGAGAGAAGUUCAGGUUACGGGAAGCGCCGAGUUGUCCUGCCCGCCCGACCGGGCUACUGUUUCCAUCAGUGUUAGCAGCAGCAAAGAGUCGGUCAAUGAUGUGAAGAACAGUGUCUCGCGACGUGUGGAAUACAUAAUUCAGACUGUCCGGCAGCACGACGUGAAGGAGGCAGACACAGCCGUCACGAAAUACAUCCAAAAAGUGGAUGACCUUUACAUCAUGGAGGUCGAGGUCCUAGUGGUGUUUUUAGAUUUCGAUAAGAUGCAGAAAGUGCGAUCCGUGCUCUUGGAGAAGUUGGAUAAGAGUGUGUGUGUUGGACUUCCACACUUUACACACAGCCCGGAGUGCCUCAGUGCACUGAGACGACGUGUGUGUGUGGCAGCGGUGGAAAACGCUCGUCUGAAGGCGAGCGAGGUGUGUUGCACCCUGGGACAGGGUCUCGGGCGGCCCUUGCUGGUCCGGGAGGAGGAGUCACGGGAGUGGAGCUGCGGAGACACACCCCUCACAUUACAACAGCGGGCGGGGCUUAUUGCUCUCUCCGUCUCCUCACGCGUCUUCGUUUCCUUUGAACUUCGACCCAAAGACAGACCCAGGAAGAAGCCAUAGGGGCCUGCAGCCAUUGGUUGGAUAUAUUCUCUAAUCUCUAAUGUAAUCUUUCUAUUAUCCUUAUAAUGCUCAGGCAGUCACUUUUGACAAGACCAGAGGCCUACUUUCUGAAAAUAUACAUUAUGAUUGUCAUUAAAUGAUACAUGGAGUAUCAUUCUGAAUUAUAUUUGGUAAGUAUAACUUUUGCACUCUGAAACUGUAUGUAAUCUAAUUACUGUUUUACGGUUCAGUAAUAUUUAUAAAUGGGGCACCUGGUUGAGCAUGAAUUGAUGGAAAUGGAUGCAUGAAUGAAUACCUUAUUGAAUGAUUGGAUUCAGUUACCCAAAGAUGUAUUCCCUGUCCAGCUGAAUUAAGAAUAGAUGAGGGGAAAAAAGUGCAAUGAUUAGUAAGUCAUGUCCAGUCUAAUGAUUUGUAAAGAGGCAUUUCCAGAGCGCUAUCUCAUUUCACUAACCAAAGAGACACUCAGAGCCCAAAAGGUCAGAUCACCAUUAGCCAAUCAAGAGUACUGUACUGUAAUGCGUUCUAUAAGUAGCACCACUUGCCGUUCCAAGGGGAUUUUGUACUUUGUUUGUAUUCUGUCACUACAUGUUGUAUUAAAUAAAGCUUUUUUGUAUAUAUUUGUUUUUUGUAUUCUUGUACUGUAUUUGUUAUGUUAUGGAAGACGUGGAAUUCUCUCAAAGACAUUCUGAUGUCUUUGAGUGGUCUUGAAUGUUAUGUUAUGGAAGACAUGAAAUUCUGUAGGCUUUGAGUGGUCUUGAAUGUUAUGUUAUGGAAGACGUGGAAUUCUGUAGGCUUUGAGUCGUCUUGAACACAGCCACACGGCACACGGAGUUGACUUGAACGCAGCCACAUGUGCUAUUAGCAGCCCUAGCUGGUUCUCAUGCUAAUAAUGUAAGGGACAUCUGGACAUCACAAAGCAGAGGCGUUUUUGACAUUACGUCAAGAGAGCCGUUUCUUCACAUUCUGUUGCUAUUUCUCGGUCAUUUUUGGAUGUUUUAAAUGUAAAAAAAGAGCACACUGUUCUUGUGCUGGUGCUGAUGCAAGUGAAUAUUUUACUUUUCAUUUAAUGUGUCUGCCAUGGAAAAAAACAAAACUGAUUAUGACGGAUGCAGCACUAAUGCAGCGCAGUCAUGAGGGUUAAGCCAAUUUUUCUUUUCUUUUCUUCAGCAAUGUUUGGUCGACCAUUUCACGGGGCCACCAGACCAGAGCAUGUAGUUCCGAUAGACUGAUGAGGAACAGAGCAUGUAGUGAAAGACUUAAAUGCGAAAACGUGGCAGUUGAAUCGCCAUUAUAUUGUAAUGAGAUGUUCCGAACCGUACAAGAUUUGUCGUGUAGGAUCACCACGACAACAUCUGGACGUAUGCCAAGUUUUGUGAAAUUCCAUCCAUGUGGGAGCACUGAAAUGAGUGAAUUACUAGGUGUCUUUUGAUUCACCUCAGAGCCGUAUAUAGAGAUAUAUCUAUAUACGGCUCUGAUUCACCUAGCUCAACACCCCCAUCUAGAGGCAGAUGGAUAGAAAUACAAAGCACAAGAAGAGCUGUCACACUCACACCCACACACAAACACUCACUCACACUCACAGAAUACUAUUAUUCACUUGCACAUACAGUACAAGGAGUUGUAGGAUGCAGUACUGAGCAGUGGUCAUAUUAUCUAGUUUUACAAAGGAGAAAGAUUCAAUAUGUGUAACAUAAUUUUAUUGAAAUGACAGUAGAUUUCGUUCUUUUUUUUUUUAACCAUAAUGACUUCUGUAAUGUGGAGUAAAUCUCAACAUGGCG